AUGACUCUUCCCAGCAACACUAACAAAGAGAGUCACCACCAUGUGAUAGUCUUAUUAGAGAAACUGUUGCCCUCAAUGCCAGUGUUCAACCUACCAGCGCCGCAUACUUACGAACUCCGCCAGUAUGACCGCACUCAUCCGAAUGGGCUCGCUGAUCGAAUCCAGGGCGCAGACAUCAUCAUCAGAACAAUUGUACCAAUCACUACUGCGCUACUAAAUGAUCCGGCAGCAUCUUCACUCAAGAUCAUCGCUGUCGUUGGUUCCGGCACCGACACGGUAGAUCUUGACGCGUGUCGAGCUCGGGGCAUAGUAGUGGCUAAUACUCCGCACUGCAACACCUCUGCAGUCGCUGAGCAUGCAAUCGGAAUGUACUUUGCUCUUCGGAGAAGCUUUGUGCAGAGCCACAGGCUGACACAGGAUGGUGAAUGGGCAAGAAGCAGAAUGUUGGCGCGUGUACUCUGUGGGCCAGAUGCCAAAGCGCCCAAGACAUGCCGAGACGAGAUUGUUGGGAUACUGGGAUACGGAGGUAUUGGUCAAAAGGUUGCUGCAAUGGCAAAAGCAUUAGGACUGAAGGCCCUUCUAUCUGGAAGAAAGGGUUCUUGGCAACAAACAGACAGAACCCCGUUCGAUGAAGUCACCCGUACUGCCACAGUAAUGACCAUCUGUCUCCCAAGAACCCAAGACACAAUUAGCUACAUCCCCACUCCAGAGUUUCAAGCUAUGCAGCCUCACGCCCUCUUGAUCAAUGUAUCUCGUGGCGGUAUUGUCGAUGAAGAGGCUCCGUUACUGGGUGCCCGAGUCAAGGACCUAAAUCUCAUCACCACGCCACAUACAGCUUGGAUGGCGGAGGAGACAAACGAGAACUACCAGCGGAUACUACAAGAGAACGUUGAGGCGUUUGUAGCAGGCAAGCCAGUGAACAGUGUUAUAUAG